UCCUGAGGUGAAGCUGACAAGAUGGAGUCCUUCAUGUUCCUUUCACGUAGCAUUUUGAAUCUAUAAUUUUUAAAAAAGCCAGUGCUUCAUAUGCUUUAAUAAGGAAAACUGGGAUGUGUAGUUCACAAAGGCCUUAUUUCCCUGGUCAGUUUAGUUCCACCAAAGUACACAUCUCUGGAAAUAUAUGAGAAUCUGCUGAGGUGAAGAUGACAAGAUGGAGGCCGUGUUGUUCCUUUCGCGUAGCAUUUUGAGCCUGUCAUAAUAAGGAUUUAAGUCAUAAGGAUAACUGGGAUGUGUAGUUCACAGGGGCACCCAUGUCCCUGGUCGGUGAUUCUAACCGCCCACCAAAACUACACAUCCCAACCAGAAUAACAGAUACAAAAACAGAUACAAAAUUUCAAUUGAAUCCUCAGUCUUCUGAGGGGAAUGAAUGCACUUCGAAGUGGUUCCAAAAUGGCAGCUCUUGCCUGACUUGGAGAGAUAUUUGUUCCCCGUUCUGGGAUUUGUAGUGUUCCUGAGGGAUUUUAGAGUCCUCUGCCAGGCUGUAUCUAUAUAUAGGCCCUGAAAGGCUUUGCCAAACUACAAAUUCCAGCAUCCCAAGGAAACGGCGCCAUGGCGGCUUAAAACUAGGCCAAAGAAGCCGUAAGUCAACUCCAUGCUUUCGAUGAUCUUCAAGAUCUGUCUCCAGGACUUUCUUUCCCUCCAGAAAGACAGCCAACAAAGCAAAAAUGCUUGAGAAAGCAAGGCCAAGCCCUGUGAAGUUCACCUUCCUGAACCUGAGGAGCCCUUGGUUCCAGUUCACUUUGGGGGCUCUUGUUCUCCUGAUGGAAGGACGCUCUGUUUCCUCCACACAUAACCUCUACUAUUCCUUGACCAUGUGGGAACACACCGGUGACCCGGUCCAUUUUGUGCUGCACAACUAUCUGGACUAUGAGUCUCUGUAUUACUAUGACAACAACAUCCGGGAGGUGAUCCCCCACGCCACGUGGAUCAAUAAGGCCGAGAAAGAGUACCCAGGCUACUGGAAACAGAACCAGCUCGGAGCCGCGAGCUUGGAGCGGGGGCUGCGGGCAGACCUGCUCUACCUCAAGAACAAUAUCAACCAGACCAUGAGUACCCUAACUUGGCAGAUGAGCUUUGGCUGCAUGCUGCAUCCAGACAAUACCACGAGCUCCUACUACAAGACUGCCUACAACGGGAAGGACUUCCUUGCCUUCGACACCGUGAAAGGCAGCUGGACCGCCCUGAGCGUUGAGGGGCAGAAUAACAAGCUGGAGUGGGACGCCAGAAACGUCACCAACAAGUCCUUCAAGACUUUCUUGGAGUUGGGAUGCAUCGCUUGGCUAAAGAAGUACUUGGAAUAUUUGGAAGGUGUCUCACUGAAAAAAAAUCCCCCGAAGGCUAGGGUGACGAUCCGGGUGAAGCCUGAUGGCGAGGAAGUCCUCACCUGCCGGGCCUAUGGCUUCUCCCCCAAGGAGAUCAGCGUCAACUGGGUGAACGAUCGGGACGUGAUCACGGCCGGGGUGGUCUACGGCAAUGUCACCCCCAACUUUGAUGGGACCUUCUACACCUGGCUCAGGAUCACUGUUGACCCCAAAGAGCGAAGCAACUUUCAGUGUCGCAUGGAGCACGAGAUGCUGAAGAAACCCAUAAAGGUCUUUCUGAGGAAGCCUGGCACAUCGGGCUCCGCCAUAGGAGGCGGCAUCGGAGUCUUCCUGGGCCUCCUCCUGGUAGCAGCGCUCUUUGCCUACAGCAGGAAAAGACGGCAUGUUGACCAACAAACAGGAAAAACGCAGAAAGUUGAACAAGAAGCAGAAGUAACACAGAAUGUCGAGCAGGAAGCAGAAGUGAUGCAGAACAUCGAAGAAGAAGCAGAUGUAACAUCAGACGUCGAACCAGAAACAGAAAGGAAGCAGUCUGAGGCCCAGGAAGCUCGGGAAGCGGAAUCAACAGGAAAGGUGUUAUAUGAUACCAGUGACUGAUCAUCAUCGAAACAAGCAGGCAAUUGUUGCAGGAUGAGUCCUCUUCUGCUCCGGAUGGAUAUUUCUCCGCCAGGCUUCUCAAAUUCUGCCUUCUUGCCUUCCAUUGCUUUUCACUGGCUUUGUAUUGAAUUAAAAUGAACAUGUUUGUUCCAUCUCUCUUUCUUACUGUGGGCUUAUUAUUGUUAUUAUUUCCAGCUGUUUGAGAUGGAUUUGAGCCUCUAAAAUAGUUGAUUAUAUGGUGGGAGGGGGUUGUGAAAAGCAAUAAUCAGAAAUUUUACAUAAAAAUCUGACUUUGAAAGAGUUAAAAGAAAUACAGACCAUCUUGGGGAUAAAAUUAGGCAAGAAGAAGUUGAAAUAUUUAGGGGUUUAUAUGUCAGGGCGAUUUGCUAGGCACACACGCAGCAGAAGUUGCUGACGAGAAAACACUAGAUAAAUAAUGACAUUGGAGUCUUCAGUUCUCUAUCAAAAGUUUUACUCACGAACGGAAUGCACAGUUCUCAUGCAGGCACAGACGGGAAGGAAAAUAAGAAAAUAAGAUAGGAAGCAGAGGGCAAUUUAUCCCAGACUCUGCUGUCUGAUGCAAUCCAAGUUUGCAGGCACUUAACCCUUUACAUACUGACAUAGUAAACAGUAUACAGUGCAUGAUGCAAUCUCCAGCACACAUUGCACCACCAUGACUCAAUUACAUUUAAACAAAUCUAUAUACAAUCAUUCCUACUUUAACAUUAUAUUCCCCAAAAUUUAAACAAUAUUAUUCAAUCAAAUUAUAACCACUUAUGGAAAAAGGUAAACAAUCAAAUCCGCAACUGGCAUAACCGGAACUGGGAUAUGUCAAGAAAAAUUACGAUAGUCAAAUUUUUUAUUCCUGUUCCAAGUCUUUCCAUAUCAUAUCCCCAGCAAAAUAAUCAAGAAAUGGGAUAAUUCAAUACAAACUUGGAUAGCAGAAAAUUAAAAUAGAAUUGCCAAUUAAGUAUUUUACUCCCCAGAAGGAAAUGGAGGAUGUGGGCACCUGAUCUACAAGACUAUUUUGAGGCCUGACAAUUAACAAGAUUGUUAGAAUUAGAUUUUGAUGAUUCAAGAUAGGCCAGAAUUGAAAAAAACAAUAAACGGAUGAGAUCAUUGCUUGUGUUUAAAAGGAUGGGUGGACAAUAAAACUUUAAAAGAAAUCAAAGGGGAAGCAAUGAUCUCAUCCACGGAGUGCUGGAAAAAGAUGGCAAGUUAAAUUACCAAUAAAUAAAGUAGAUAUACUCCCAAUAGGGUUUUUAGACAAUGAAAAGGAACAGAUAUUUGGCAAAGUGAUAACAAAUUUAAAACAAAACAGAAUGAAAUUGAUAAGAGACCUUCUAAACCCAGAUGUGGUUGGAUUGUAACAAAAGAUUAUGGGUUGGAAGAAAAAAGAUGGUCCAGAAACAGAUUUUGACCAAAUUCUAAAGUGGACAUUCAAAAAGGAGAAAGGCCUGAUGGGUUUUAUAUACAAGAAGUUAAUUGAAAAACAAUAUAAAUUGAAGCAAACAUUUGCCAAGAUAUGGAAAGAGGACCUGAAUAGCAAUGAGUCAGACACUGAAUACUGGAUCAAUUCAAUUUUUUUAAAAAAAUCCACUAUAUGCUCAGGCCUAUAAAGUAAUUGUCUUGUUAUGUCAUUUUUGUUUAUUGUUGGAAUGUUUUAAAUUGCUAUUAAAUUUUAUACAUGUUAUGCUA